AUGCCCAAAGUCAAAGGCAUCUUAUCAUCCUGUCCUCGGAAAGAUAGCAUAGUUGAGGUAAAAACAAAACAGUUUGCCCAUAUUAAUUGUUAUAUAUUGUUGCAUAUUUUGUUAUAUAUACUGUAUAUAUAUUUUCCAGGCCUUGUCGCUAUAAUGGAGGGAGACGCAUCUCUUAACAAUACAAAUUUAACACGUUUCAUGGCAAUUUUGACCAUGGAAAAGUUGGACCUACCACCAUCCAGUGCCUUUUUCAUAUUCAUUUUUGGCAUCUUUACAUACUGUUUAAUUUUGUUCUUCCACUCAGUGCUGCUUGUGACUAUUGUUGUCAAAAGGGAUCUGCAUAAGCCCAUGUACAUACUGCUGUUUAAUUUGUCCAUGUGUGACCUUAUGGGAGCUACGGGUUUUUAUCCACAGCUGGUUUGUAGUAUAUUGUUUCAGACGAGAGAAAUCUCCUACCCUGCCUGUGCCUUGCAAGGCAUCGUUCUUCACAUCUAUGGGAAUGGAUCUCUUUUAUUUCUCACUGUUAUGUCUUAUGACCGAUACAUUGCCAUUUGCAAGCCUUUGAGCUACCACAAUUUGAUGACUGAAGCUGUCUUGGUAAAACUUAUUUUUAUAGUUUGGUCUGUAAAUUUUUUAAAUAUUGUGUCUCUAUUUACGCUCACAUUAAGCAAAGAAAUUUGCAGGAUAAACAUAGUGGACACAUUCUGCAAUAAUCCAUCUUUAUUGAAGUUAAGCUGUGAGGAUACAAGACUGGUUAACUACUAUGGCUUGUUUGGUAUAGCUCUUUUCCAAGGCUCUUCCAUACUGAUAGUUUCAUUAACAUACAUAAAAAUCCUAAUUACCUGUCUUUCUACAAAACAGACACAAUCUAUAAGUAAGGCAAUGCAAACAUGUGGGAUGCAUCUCACUGUUUUUUUGAGUUUUGAGGUUAACGCAUUCUUACUACUGAUUUCUCACAGGUUACAAUCAGUUUCUCCACACAUACGAAGGGCCUUUGGUGUUUCAAUUCUUAUAUUUCCUCCAAUUCUUAACCCUCUAAUUUACGGGUUAAAAACAAAGGAAAUUAGAACAACAAUUUUUAAAUUUUUUAUUUCUUCACAAGGAAGGUUUUUAAUUAACCUGACAGAUAAGUAA